AGCUCCACUACUCUACAACCCUACAGCUACCCAGCGCAUCCAACACUGUCUCUCUAUCUCUCCAAAGGCAGUAGCUUUUCCUCCUCUCCUCUUCUCUCUAAUGAUAGCUCUUCUGCUCAGUUCAUGGUGAGGAGAGAGGAGGAGCUCAGCUCAAGGUAGGCGGCGGCAGGCAGGCACACACUCUCCUCUCUUUCUCCGGUUCUUCUCCAGUUGGAGUCGAGGAGCUCGGGGGACAGCGGGCGGAGAGCUCCAUCGCUGCACCAAUACUUCACUGGAGAUCGGCUAGGUAGCUCUCUCUCUCUCUCGCGGCUAGUGUUUGUCUCUCUCCCUCUCUCAUGGAGGAGAUCUCGCACCACUUCGGGGCCGGAGCGAGCGGCCAUGGCCACGGUCACCACCACCAUCAGCAGCAGCAGCAUCACCAUCCGUGGGGUUCUUCCCUCAGCGCCGUGGUUGCGCCCCCGCCGCCGCCGCCGCAGCAGCAGCAGACGCAGGCGUGCGUCAUGGCGCACACUCCGCUCACCCUGAACACGGCGGCGGCGGCGGCUGCCGGCAACAACGGCGGCAACCCGGUGCUGCAGCUGGCCAACGGCAGCCUCCUCGACGCGUGCGGCGCCAGUGGCAAGGCGAAGGAGCCCUCGGCGUCGUCUUCCUUCGCCGCCGACGUGGAGGCCAUCAAGGCCAAGAUCAUCUCCCACCCCCACUACUCCUCCCUCCUCGCCGCCUACCUCGACUGCCAGAAGGUAGGAGCGCCGCCGGAGGUGUCGGCGAGGCUGACGGCGGUGGCGCAGGACCUGGAGCUGCGACAGCGCACGGCGCUCGGCGGCCUCGGCGCCGCGACGGAGCCGGAGCUGGACCAGUUCAUGGAGGCGUACCACGAGAUGCUGGUGAAGUACAGGGAGGAGCUGACGAGGCCGCUGCAGGAGGCGAUGGAGUUCCUGAGGAGGGUGGAGACGCAGCUCAACACGCUCUCCAUCUCCGGCCGAUCGCUCCGCAAUAUCCUUUCCUCCGGCUCUUCUGAGGAGGACCAAGAAGGUAGCGGAGGAGAGACAGAACUUCCUGAGAUCGAUGCACAUGGUGUGGACCAAGAGCUCAAGCACCAUUUGCUGAAGAAGUACAGUGGCUACCUGAGCUCCCUGAAGCAAGAACUGUCAAAGAAGAAGAAGAAAGGGAAGCUUCCGAAGGAUGCUCGCCAACAGCUCCUCAACUGGUGGGAGCUGCACUACAAAUGGCCUUACCCCUCGGAGAGUCAGAAGGUGGCCCUGGCGGAGUCGACCGGCCUGGACCUGAAGCAGAUCAACAACUGGUUCAUCAACCAGCGGAAGCGCCACUGGAAGCCGUCAGACGAGAUGCAGUUCGUGAUGAUGGACGGCUACCACCCGACCAACGCCGCCGCCUUCUACAUGGACGGCCACUUCAUCAACGACGGCGGCGGCCUUUACAGGCUCGGCUAGCUAGGCCUCUACUGCCACCCCAGCAUCGAUCGCCCACUACCAUGACCUAGAUCUCGACCCAAUGGUCACUAAGCUACUGGUGUCUUAAAAUUAAAGUCUGUGAGAACCUAGGUUUAGUUCUUCGGUUUGGUGCACGCCAUGGCCAUGGAUGGCCGCGUGCUUAUUUUGUUGCCGCUUAAUUACGUAUUUUGCGUAUGCCAAGCUUAUGUAUGGCUGCUGCCUAUGCAUCGACUCGGUUGGUAAUCUGCUGCUGCUGCUACCUCGAUGCGGUGGUGGUGGUGAAUGUUUUAUGUGGUUUAAUCUUGCGAUCCUGAUGCGAAGACAUGGAUCGAACUGUCAGCUACCUGCUGCUGCUAAGUGCAACGUUUGAAUAAUUUGCAUUGCCCUUGUUAAUUUCUACCUAAUUAAUUUGCUGAUCGCAUCAGUCUGU